UAAAAGCACACAGUGAGUCAACGUUGGGCCAAAGGUAUUUUAUCUUGGAAAACAACCAACGGCUCAAAUCUGUUUAUUGGAAAACAUUAUAUGCCUAUUUGAAAUUCGAUUUUAAUAUUUUUAAAUUAUUUUUUUAUAUUUUAAUGAAAGCUUACUUUAUUAACAUAACAUAAAUACGAAAAUCACACAGUAAUAACCUCUAGAAGACAAAGGUAAACCAUGUUGAUGUUGAGUAAAAUAGGCCUUAUCCAAAAAAGGGCGGGGCACUUUGACAUUUUCAAAUGGUCCAUUUUAAGGUGUAUGGAAAUUACAUUUCAAAUCUGGGAAUUGAAACAACAAGUAUUUGGUGGAUUAGUUUUAAAGUUAAUAAAAACUUUUUAAAAUCGACAAUAAUUUACGGCCUUAUAGACAAAUUCAUAAACUGUCACAAAUGCCGUCUCUCACUUCAUUCCGGGCUGUACCACGCUUUAUCUAUGCAUGUUUUAAAAAUAUGAAUCAUGUUUUAUAAAUUUCCGAAAAACACAUACAACUAACGUACGUAUGAUUGUAUGUGAUAAUUCUCGGUAGUUUUGUUACCGAAAAUACUAUAAAACUACGAAAUUAAAGAGAUUUAGUUUAUCGAUAUUAUAGAUAUCGUAACGUCGUUGAGCGAACUGUCUGUGUGUGUUUAUGACAGACAAUUCCCAAGAUGCAUUGCGCGUCGCUGUGUUACUAUGGGCCGUAAUGUAUGGAAGCCUAUUGCGGCCAUUUCAGAAUCUCGUCUUCUCGCCGCGAGAAGACGAGAACACAAGGAAAUAGGGCGAGAAUACGAGGAUCUCGCCCCGAGAACAUGAGAUUACUUUCACCUCGACUUCUCGUGUUCUCGUCCCUCGACUUCUCGCUCCCUCGUGUUCUCGCCUUUGAAAAACCUCGUGUUCUCGCACUCUCGCCCUCUCGUGUUCUCGCCUUUGAAAAACCUUGUGUUCUCGUUCCCUCGCCUUUGGGCUAAUCUCGUCUUCUCGUGUUCUAGCUCCCUCACUUCGUCACAAUCUCGACUUCUCGUGUUCUCGCCUCGGAAGUGCAGUUUAUACGCAUGUCCACUGACUACCGUAUCGGCAUUUAUAUUUGGAAAUGUAUGAAGGUCUAGAAAAUUUAAUAGUCCUAAACCAUUUUAAUCUCUUCUUGCACAGAUAAUAUUGUAUUCUGUAAUCGAUUUUAAAAGGCUUCGGUCGAAUCUUUCUUUGCCCUCUAACUUCAUCAACCUUCAUCGGGUUUUUUGAUGCGUGGUCUUGUCAGUGUUGUAGAAUGUAGAGUCUGACAAGGGACAAGGCAUAGUCGUUCGAAUGGGAUUUAAAAAAAUGAGGUCCCGUGCCUGUAAUCAAAAUAAAGUUGGUUCUACAGUGGCCCAGUGAGUAGGACGUUUGCUCUCUAACUUCAUCAAAGUUCGUCGUAAUUUUCUGGCGAUGUCCACCCUAGGACGGAGGGCCUGAGAAGGGACAACGUAUAGCGUUAGGGAAUACAAAUAACCGAGAUACCGUGUCCGGAAUCUAAAUGAAGCGUGAGCUACGAUGACUCAGUGAGUAGGACGUUUGCUCUCUUACUUCAUCAAAGUUCUCAUUUUUCGGUCGUGGUUCCGGCUUGUCAGUGGUAUAGUCGUUCGAAUGGUAUAAAUAAAAAACGAGAUUCCUUGUCCGAAAUCGAAUGAAGUGAGGGCUACGGUGGCUCAGUGAGUAGCACGUUUGCUCUCUAACUUCAUCAAAGUUCAUCGUGAUUUUGCUGGGUAUGUCCACCCUUGUCAGUGGCGUAGGACGAAGCGUCUGGCAAGAAACAAUGAACCGAGCUCCCAUGUCGUGAAUCUAAAUGAAGUAGGAGCUACGGUGGGUCAGUGAGUGGGACGUUUGCACUCUUACUUCACUUCAGUGGAGUAGGAGGAAAGCCCUGGCAAGGGACCGCGUACACUGUAAGCGUUUUCUGUAAUUUUUACAAUUUUAUUGUUUCUGUAAAACGGCUACAGCGCAGUUCUGUUAUCCUGAUAACAGACACAAGUCUGUAAAUAUUUGAGAAGUCGAAAUUUCUCCCGUAAAUAUGACAUACGGGUGCUUAAAUUAGAGUGACGUCAUCGGUCUUCCUGGGUGCCAUUACUGCGAAUACCGUUAGUUAGAGGCAAAGAGGAAUCCCACUGCUGGCUCUGCAUCGAGCACAAUAGUUGAACCAUAGAUGGUAUAGUUCUAUGGUUGAACACUACAGUCAAUACCCAACAUUGCAGUUUUAGGCACAACUUAUUGCAUCUUUGAGUGCCAUUCCUGUCAUCUAUUGAGUAGCCUACCCAGCCUUUCUCUGCCUGGGUUACUGAAAUUUUUUCAAAGGUGCAUUUUUGAAAUAAACCCAGAUAACGGACAGAAAUCAUGAAAAAGAGGAAGACUCAAGUGUGCCAAAAAGUGAUAUAACUAAUUACUGAACCUUCAAAUUUUGAAUGGAUGAAGUAUGGUUGCAGCAAUAUACUGGUACCGUGAGAUGGUAUACGGUGGUUUAGAUGUCACAUUUCGGGUCAAAGUGUUUUAAAUCCUGUACCACGGUUCGGUUAACAUGGUACAGAUAUUUUAACUGUCCGUUUUCUACGGCGAACCACAAAUCACGGACAUGCGAACAUUUUGAAUUAAAAACGUCAGAUGGAAAAGCCGUGACUAAUAAUGUGACAGUGUGUCGCCAUUGUUUUGUUGACAUUUCUUACAGAACUGGAAACACGUCCAAGAAGAAAUACUGUGAUAUGUAUCGUUGCAAACCACACAUAGUGUGGAUAAAAUUGGGGAUAAGGGACCGAGCCACGGCCCUUUUAUGAGUGGUACUUUGUAAAUGAGGCUUUAAAAACACUGCAAGAAAUCUUUUUAAUGAAUCUUCUUAAUUAAACUUGAUCUUAUUUUACUUUUGAUGAGAUGUCAGUUUACUUUGAUGGAAAUAUCUGUUAGUCAUCUAGUUUGUCCAUCCACAAUUUGGUACAUUUGUAAAAUCUUUGUAAUGAAUUUUCUUAAUUAAACUUGAUCUUCUUAUUGUACUUUUAAUAAGAUGUCCGUUUACUUUAAUGGAAAAAUCUGUUGGUCAUUUAGUUUGUCCAUUCACAAUUUGGUAUAUUUGUAAAAUUAUCCUCCUCGAAAAUCCUAAAAAAUUGUGGGAUCAUUUUAAGAAACUUGGACCUAAAAGGAGUAAGUCAAUACCCUUCGAAGUCUAUAAUGACAACGGUGAUAUCAUUUUUGAUAAAGAUGAAGUUUUGAAUAAAUGGGCCUCUGAUUUCUCAAAAGUAUACAGCCCCUCAACAAAUAGUGAAUUCAAUAGUGAUUUCCAUGAGCAAGUCGUCAAAAUAAAAUGUGAAUUAGAACGCCGUAUGCAGGAUGACUCAUUUCAUUCUAAUGAUCAUCUUAACAGUGACAUCACUGCGAAUGAACUAGAUAUUGUUAUAAUAAAAGCUGAAAAUGGAAAAUCAUGUGGAAACGACAAACUACCGUAUGAAGUAUUGAGGUACGCACGUGUUAAAAAUGUUCUACUCCGCCUAUUUCAACUAUGUCUAAACACAGGAUAUGUCCCAUCCGCAUGGAAGACAGCGAUAUUAUCCCCCAUCCCGAAGGACUCGUCAAAGGACCCCCGCAUUCCAACAAACUAUCGAAGCAUAAACCUUUUAUCAUGUGUAAGCAAACUGUAUUCGUCUCUCUUAAAUAUACGUCUUGUAUCUUUUCUCGAGGACAAUAAUGUUAUAGUCGAAGAACAAAACGGUUUCAGACCACACCGGUCGUGUCUAGAUCAUGUAUUCGUAACGAACUCUAUCGUUCGAACACGGAUAUUAAAUAAACAGCAUUCGUUUUCCGCAUUCAUUGAUUUUCAAAAAGCUCUUGAUUGUAUUGACAGAGAGUCGUUGUUCUAUAAGCUCCUUAUUAAUAAUGUUGACGGUAAUUUCUACAAUUCGAUUAAAUCUAUGUACACAAACACCUCAUCAUAUGUGAGGAUAAAUAGUCAGACAUCAGUUUCGUUUCCCUGUUCAUCUGGAGUUCGUCAAGGUGAUAAUUUAUCGCCAACAUUAUUUAAUUUGUACAUUAACGAUUUGGCAAGAGGUCUAAACGAGCUUAAUAAAGGCAUUGAUAUUGGUGGUCGAAAAGUUUGUGUUUUACUCUAUGCCGAUGAUAUUAUUUUGCUAGCACCCACGGAAUCGGAUCUACAAACGAUGCUCGAUUAUACAGCUGAGUGGUGUAAAAAGUGGAGGUUGUCCAUUAAUAACUCUAAAACAAAUAUAGUUCAUUUUAGACCAAAAAGGAAACCAAAGAGUACGUCCCAAUUUCAAUUCGGUACACAAAAUAUAGAGUAUGCCUCUUCUUAUAAAUACCUAGGAAUAACAUUGGAUGAACACUUAAACUUUGAAAACUGUGCCACAAUACUUUCGCAAUCUGGAAGUCGCGCCAUGGGGGCUGUCAUUUCAAAAAUACAUUCUUAUAAAACAAUAAGCUUUAAAACAUAUGAAAAACUGUAUGAAAGUUGUGUUGUUCCUAUAACUGAUUAUUGCUCUGGUGUUUGGGGAUUCAAACAAUUUGACAAGAUUGAUCAAACACAAAACCGAGCAAUACGUUAUUUCUUUGGACUCCACAGGUUUGCGCCUAAGGUGGCCUAUAAUGGCGAUAUAGGUUGGACACCAUGCUUUAUACGACGAUGGACCAAUAUGGUGAAGUUGUGGAACAAUCUUGUAUCAAUGAGGUCUGAUCGUUUAAUUAAAGAUGUGUUCGAAGCUGAUUAUAAUAACGAAAAUGGGAACUGGUGCUCCAAAGUAAAAUCCGUGUUCAAUAGUGUUCAAAUGGGUCACAUUUUCAGUAACAAACAACAAUGUAAUAUAAAAGAAAUAGAACAAAAACUUAUUAAUAACUACUCAAAUGACUGGUCGAGCGAAAUAAAAUCUGUCUCCAAACUUCGAACGUACACCAAAUUUAAAGAUACAUUUAGUACAGAGACUUAUGUCACCACCAUUCUUAGCAAAGUUGAAAGAUCACAUUUAGCCCAGUUCAGGUGUGGUAUUCUACCCCUGAGAAUUGAGACUGGCCGUUAUACUAGUCAAAAGAUCGAGGAUAGAUUGUGUGUAAUGUGUCAUUCUGGAAGUAUCGAAGAUGAGUGGCACUUCCUUCUUCACUAUAAUAAAAAUUUCUUCUUCUUCUUCUUCUUAAAAAUGUGCAACUCUCAUCUAUACAUUUCAUUUUGGGAUUGGUACAUUAACUUUGUCAGUAGUCGAGUUCCAUCUAAAUUUUUAUCAACGAGACUGAAUCAAUUUAUGCCAUUCUCACUAAGGAAUGUACAUACUCAGGCAGAGUUAUUGUGCAAAAUUGUAUACAUUUUCAAACAGAGAUUAAGCUAAUCAUUGAAACAAGCUGUACAUUUUUUUUUUUUUUUUUUUUUUUUUUUUUAAAUUGCUGUCAAAUACUGCCAUUAGUUAUAAAAUGUUAUUUUCUUAAGCCAAAAUAGGGGUGUUCUUACGGACCAUGGCAAUUCUUCUUUCAACACCAGUCUUUAAGGUAAACAAAGCAUGUGUUUCAUAGUGACAAUGUUUAUCAACUAUAUAUUUACAUAAAUAUUACACGUUUUGGUACCUAAAUGCAACUAUAAUUAUUUUCUAAUAUAUUACCCAAUGAUUUAUGUACAAAACCCCCCCCAAAAAAACAAUGAAUAUAUAUCAGUUAUCAUUGAAAGUAAAGAAUUAAAAGUGUUAUGAUUUGUAGUCUCGGACAACUAAACCUGGUACAUUUUAGACGUCUUGGUAACCAUGACUAUGUUGGGAGGUUUUCUACCAUACACCAUCUUGAAAAUUAAUGUUAUUUUGUAAGACAUGUAGAUAGAUAUUGUUAUGUUUCACAAUGUGAAACGUUUGUUGUAACUUCCAUACUCAUGCCUGUACAUGUAGUUGUGAAUAAACUGUUAUUAUUAUUAUUAUUCAAGGUACAAUAAUAGGAAUUCUGCAUUGAUGCUGUUCUUGUUCUAAAGUCAUGAUACUUUUGGGGUUCAAUAAUUGUUAGAUUUUAAAUUGUUCAUUUAAACAUUUAGAAUGCAAAUUCGUUAAUCUCCAAAAAUUUUCAUGAUUUCAUUAGAUCAUGUUUUACUGUUAUAAUUUACUGAUAAGGUGAUAGUUUUACUUUCAUGUUGUUGAUUUUUUAAAUAAUAGAUUUGAGGUAAAUAUUAUAAUACCUUGGUAAGAUUUUAGAAAAAGAUUUGAGGGUAAUACUAUUGUAACACACUGAUUUUAUAUUUGUAGAAUAGAUUCUGAAUGUUAUUGUUAUACUAUAAAAAUUCAUUUAAAUAUUAUAAUGUAAAUGUUACAUGUAUAAGAAUUUGAAUAGAUAAUUUUAUUAUUGUUAAAUUUUUCAUGAACUUUCCUUUGGACAUUUGUAUUUUGUUGCUACCCAUUAUUUGAUACAUCCAUGGAAAUUUUCAUUUUUUACUUGCUGGAAAUUUGUGUUUGCCUGUCUUAGAGAACUUGACAAAUAUUUUGGAGAGUUAUUUCCCUUGUUAGUAAGGGUAACAGAUUCUUUUUCUUUUUUUUUUAAAGUCUUCAUUUUUCCAUGUACAAAUGUUCAUUAUUAUUAAUGAAGAAUUAUGUAAAGAGCUUUGUUUUUGUUGAAAUAUACCACCAAACUGCUUGACAGCCAAAGAAUAUUUUCAAUCUCUAAACCUCCAAUUGUAAUAGCAAACCUGCUCUUGAUCAAAUAUUUUAAAAAUAUGGAUUUGUGGUUGACAGGUUUUUUUUAAGGCAAUUGUUAGCUUUACUUACUGACAGUAAUCUCCAAUUUCCAGUAUUUUCAGGUCUUUUUAUUAUAUCUUAAACUAUCAUGUAAAAGCAU